AUGGGCGACGGCGCCCGAUUUGGGCGCCGCCGACGACGACGAGCCGUGCCGCCGUCAACCGGCGAUGGCGUCGUUCGUGACCUGAUCUCCUGCCGCGUGACUGAACUCUCCGGCAUUGUUGUAGGUGAAGGCGGAGGUGUAGGAGUAAGCUGCGUUAUGUCUGCCGUGACGGACCCGCUGGAUUCGGCGGCGCCCGGAAAGCUCGUGCAGAGCCACGGCCACUCGUUCGUGCGCAAGACUUUCCAUCGUCCCACAUACUGCCACCAGUGCACCGACCUGCUCUGGGGCAUCAUCCAGCAGGGUUCCGUUUGUGAAGUGUGCAAUUUCGUGGUGCACGAUCGGUGCAUCCGUACUGUGGCCUACCCGUGCAUCAGCGUGGCCAUCACGCACAUACAGAAUCCUGUCCCGCAUUGCUGGUCAGAGCAGGGUCAUUACAAGCGGAAGUUCUGUAACGUGUGUCGUAAGCGGCUCGACGAAGCCCUUGCGUUCCGCUGCGAAAGUGAGAAUUCCCUAAGAGCGUGCCUUUAA